GUGCCCCUGGUGGGCACACCGCCGAGGAACAUCGACUUCGAGCGUCUGCGAGGGCCACGUGACGUUCUGGACAUUGCCGUGUGCAGGAGCUUCCUGAACGAGGAUGAGAUAUCCCUUGCCAUGGCCAUAGCGCAGGAUGGAGAGGCCUGGGCGAUCGAUGAUCGUGACGACGAUCUUGGCUACGCACAUGAGGUGUGGCGCAUCGAGGAGGUGCUUCAGGUUCACGAGCCCGGCUUCUUUCAAAAGCUUAUUGCCUCAGCUUGGUCAGUGGAGAAGAGGAUGUGGGGAAACAUCCUCGAGUUCGUCUUUCCGGAGAUCGAGUACAUCGAGUAUGAUGUGAAGAAGCUGGGGCGACCCGGCUCGAUCGCCCGCCACACGGACAACGACAGCCUGAUUACCAUGGUGGUGCUGCUCUCAGAAACUUCGGAUUUUCAGGGGGGCAUCAACUGCUUCGAAGGAACGUCCCACGAGCGCGAGGUGCCGCUCCAAAGAGGGGACGCCUGCUUCUUCUUCGGACAUUGCUGCCAUCACUGGAUUACGCCGGUCACAACCGGGUCCCGCCGGAUCCUCCAGAUGGAACUGCGCAAUCGCUACGAGGAACCGCCCAGCCGCAUUCGUCGCUGUGAGACGUGGGCUGUGAAAAGAGAGGUUAUGGGCUAA